AAUUAGUGUGCUCAUGUCAAUGCUUCACAGAGACGGGGAUGCUUUGCUUUCACAUAAUAAGGGUCAUGCACAUGUUCAGCAUAUUUCAAAUACCACAACAAUAUAUCCUUAAGAGAUGGACAAGACUUGCAAAGUCAGCAGUAUGGGAGAAUGUUCAAGCAGACAAGGACCAAAGCCAAAAUGCACAGUUGUGGACACCAUGGAGACAUGCAAUAACCAAGAAUUUCUACAACCUAGUGUCAAUAUGUCAAUCAAAUGAGGAUGCAAGAACAUUAUGUGACAAGUCGUUGAAGGAAUUAUACAAAUCAGUGAAAGAAGUUUUCAAGACUGAUCAACAAAAACAACAAGAAAUCGAAGAUGAAGAACUACGAAGACAAACAGUUGAAAAUCCUGAAGUGAUAAAGACAAAAGGAAGACCACCAAAGGGAAACAAGAGAGUAAAAGGACAUUUUGAGAAGCGUAAAAUGAAGACAAGGCAUCCGAACGAAUAUGGAACAAAAACCCCAAAUGUACCUCAAGUUGAAUAGUGUUCAAAUAAUAUUAGUUUUCAAUUGUAUUCCACUCAGUAAUUGUAUUGAAAUUUACACUUGUUUAUUCCUAAGCUACUCGAAAUUCAGUAAUAUUAGUAUUUAUUGACCUUCAGUUAGACUUGUUUAUUUUUCAGCUAGUCUUUCUAGUGCUUCACUUAGACGU